UUUUAUCCGCUUUCCUCAUCUUCGAGUAAGCUUUGUUGAAAUGUCCAACAUGCGAAGAGGAGGGCGGCAUAACAUGCCUCAAAGACCGUCUCCGUGGGAUGUAUCACCUGGCAACACCAGCGGCAACAUAGGCAUGAACAUGAGCAGCAACAUGAACAUGGGCAACAACAUGAACAUGGGCAUGGGCAACAACAUGAACAACAUGGGCAUGGGCAACAACAUGAACAACAUGGGCAUGGGCAACAACAUGAACAACAUGGGCAUGGGCAACAACAUGAACAACAUGGGCAUGGGCAACAACAUGAACAACAUGGGCAUGGGCAACAACAUGAACAACAUUGGCAUGGGCAACAACAUGGGUAUGGGCAACAUCAUGGGCAUGGGUAACAACAUGAAUAACAUGGGCAACAACAUGAAUGACAUGGGCAACAACAUGAAUAAUAUGGGCAACAGCAGGAACAGCAUGGGCAUGGGUAACAACAUGAACAUGGGCAGUAACAUUGGCAACAACAACUCGAAUAAUCUAGGCUCCUAUCGUCCCUCAGGAGGCCUUUUGCCUACACCCAACCUCCCUGCCAUGACGGGUCUUCUGCAGACCCCCCCAUCUACGCCAAAUAUUCCACUCGCUGCUGGCAACAAUGCUCUGAAUAAUAGGCAUAAUCAACAGACAAACCAAUUGCCAUCUUUACUUGGUGCAAGUCCAAAUUGCAAUGGACUCCUGCCUCUUACUCCACCAGUCAUGAAUCCGUUUAACCAGAGCUACCGAGGUUACAGAUCGCAGGGUUCUAGUCCUGACAAUAAUGCUUCUAAUCGAGGCACUCGUUCCAGUGUUCCCUCUAGAAGAUCAGAACCAUAUAACAAGAUGGGAGGUCGAAUUCAGAGACCGGGACAAAACAGUGAUGAUCGCAAAACUUCCAAUGUUUCACCACGUAGAGCUGUCCGAGGCCCAGGGUUUAGUCCCAAGAGUGUUGUGCCACAUGCUAGGAACACCAAGGAGGAGAAAGGAGACAGCAGCAGGAAGACUGUCCAUUCUAGUAAGGAAGUAAUUGAUGAUAAAAACAAAAAAUCAAGUAACAAACAGGAAAGUGAAAAGAUGAAAGCAGAGUUUGCAGAUAUUCCAAGUGACCUACUCACAUGUCAUGUUUGUUUAAAGGAUUUAAAAGAUUCUGUUUCUUUUGUAAACCACAUCAAAAGCACAGACCACCUGUCCAUGAUGGACCAUCAGGAGGAGCAGUACAAGGCACAUGCUGAAAAGUUGCGUCAACAAAUGAAGAUUGAGGAACAACAGCGCCAAAUUUCAUUGAGGCAAAAUAGAAGUCUGGGCAAAUUUUCUCAAACUAAUAAUGAAUACUGUGCAAUGUGCAAUCUGCACUUCAGCGGUAACAUUGCUCAACACCGCAAGGGUCCAAAGCAUGUGGAAUUAAAACUAUUUUUACAUCCAAGAUGCAAAAUUUGUGAUAAGGAAUUUCCCACACGACUGGAUUAUGAUAACCAUAUGCUGACUCCAGGUCACUUGAAGAACAAAUGUGGAGACGUGUGUACUAACAGUAAGACAAUUGCGAGGCCCGAAGCGGAAAUGAAGAAGGCUCCUAGUAAUAUUGAGACAUUCCCUCCUCUGAAAGGUAUUUUAAAGAAAGAAAAGAGAAGUUCUGCUCCAGUGUCGCCUAAACCAAUUGAACCGGAAGAAGAAAAAUUACCAGAUUAUGACAGUCAAAAAGAAAUAGGAAUGGAGAUGUUGAUGGAAAAAACCGGCUUUUUAUGCAAAUGCUGCAAUAGAUUUUUAAGCAGCAGCUGCGAUGCUAAAACGCACUGCAGAUCUCAAUUCCAUUAUGACAAAUAUAUAAAUCAUAUCAAAUCUCAGCCUAUUUUUGUAGUUGAGUCUCCAAAGCCAUCAUCACCAUCCACCAAAACCAAGGUGAAGGAAGAUGAUGAUAAAUUGAAGGCAAAACCAGACUUGGUGAAGGCAGAAGAAGAUGACAAAUCCGAUGUGACAAGUCAAAAAGAGGAUGAUAAACAAGAUGUGCCUGAACCAGAAGAGGAAGAGGAAGAGGAGGAAGAAGAUGAGGGGAACUGGAAGCGCAGAAAAGUUGCAACAGAUGAUGAUUCAUCAAUGGAUGUCACUGAACCGCCAAAAGAGUCCACCAGAGAAGAUAGAAGUGAAGAUCAAGGUACAGAUUCAAAGGAUGAUAAGCAAUCAAAUGAUGCUAAUGAAGAAAAUGCUCACGUUUCAUCAGGAAACACUGUUGCAAUUUAAAAUUUAUUUCAUUGUCUUGAACUGCACAUAGAAAGUUUUUUUUUUCCUGUAAAUCAUGAUUAUUGACUCAUUGUGUUUAGGUGUUUUGUGGCCCAUCAUUUAAAUCAAGUCUUUUUUAAAACUGUUCAUGUAGAGUCCAGAGAAUGUUUUAAAGCUUCAAAUUAUUGGACUAUGUAUGAAUUAACUAGAUACUCAAUUUGAGACGCAAAUCUCUGUGAUCAUGAGUUUAAGAAAGAUACAGUAAUUUUUGGGUGGCACCCCAUCUGGAAAAACGAUGAAUGAGCCAACUCUGUGGGUCCAAAAACAUUUUCUUGCCUGGUUUAAUUUGAUGUGCCCGUAGUGGCUUGAUCAGCUUGAAAAGAAGCUAUGUGAAUACUAUCAGUUAUUAUACUUUCACAAUUUUGUAUGUUUUUUUUUUUUAAAUAUUUUCUUGAAUAUAAGGAUGGUUUGAGUUGCAGAGUGUAAUUCAUAUAUUCUUUAAAUAAAGCUUAAUUAAGC